AUGUCCACAUUUGGAUUUUGUGCCAUUAAACUCUACAUUCAAUCAACCCAACGUACAAAACUUGAUAACAAAGCAAAAGCAGGGGUAUUCGUUGGAUACGAUUACAGAUCAAGAGGUUAUAGAAUACAUCACGAAGGAAAACAUAUUACAAUUGCACGCACAGUUAAAUUCUUAGAGAAUAAAUUUCUAUAUUCUAAAAGCAAUAACGAGCAAGCAUCUCUUAAAAAUGAAACUCAUCAACAAGAAUCCAUUGAGGAAACACAGAAUGGAGAUAAAAAUAAUACAAUUGAAAUAGAAAUUGGAAACCAGUUAGAAGACGUUGACACAUCAAGUGGCGCAAACACCAAUCAAUUUCGCAGAUCAGACAGAACUAACAUGGGAGUACCUCCAGACAGAUUACGAACGAAUCAUCAAAUUGGCAAGAUACAGUGA